GCGACGGCGUGAGUCCGCGCGGCGCGGGGACCCGGGGUCCCGGCGUGGAGUCUUCGCUCGGAACAGCUUCUGCGUCAAGCCAGGAUGAGGAGACUUCUGGAGUAGCUGCGGCCUUUGGGAGGGCCCCAGCAUCCUGGGCUACCCAGCCGGUCUGCACUGGCUGGCCUCUGCUGGCAGGAAACAUGGCAGAGGCCAGGGACACAGCACUGUCUGUGGCCGAGUGGCUCCGGGCACUGCACCUGGAGCAGUACACUGAGCUCUUCGAGCAGCAUGGACUGGUGUGGGCCACUGAGUGUCAAGGCCUCAGUGAUGCCCGCUUGGUGGAGAUGGGCAUGCAACUCCCUGGUCACCGCCGCCGCAUCCUAGCUGGCCUGCUCCGCGCCCACGCGGCCCCAACCCCUGCUCCUCGACCCACCCCACGGCCGGUGCCCAUGAAGCGCCAUGUCUUCCGUUCAGUGCCUGCAUCUGCCACUGCACCUGAGCCACUGCUCAUGACUGGAGAGGAUCAAGGGCUACCCGCAGCACCCCCAAUCCCACCCCGGAGGAGCUGUGUUCCCCCUGCCUGCUUUUCUACCCCAUCCACAGCUGCCCCAGACCCCAUGCUGCCCCCGCUGCCUGCCAAGCGGCACGUGACAGAACCAAGUGUGCCGCCUGUGCCCCCUCGUGCUGGACUCCCCCGCCUGCUGGUGAGCCUUCCCUCUGAGGAGGAGGUACAGACUCUAUCACUGUCAUCCCCUUCCCAGCCAGAGCCUGAGAAGUCCCUGUCUCCACCUCCCAGCCCCCCGAAGAUCCCCCCAAAGCCUCCUCGACUGGUUCCGGAGUUUGAUGACUCUGACUACGAUGAGGUCCCAGAGGAGGGGCUGGGGGCCCCAACUUGCGUGAUGACCAAGAAGGUGUGGCAAGCGGUGUUUAGGGAGCAGCCCCCAGCAAGAGCAGUCCCGAGGGCCGUGCGUGUGGCCAGUCUGCUGAGUGAGGGGGAGGACCUGUCUGGGGACGACCAAGGGGACGAGGAUGAGGGUGACCACGCCUACGAGGGUGUUCCCAAUGGUGGAUGGCACACCCGCAGUCUGAAUUCACCCUUGCCCAGCAGCUUCCUGAUCCCCGAGCUCCCGCCAUACCCCAUGGAUGGGCUUCCCGGGGGCUCUGCCCCCAUCACACCCGUCAUCAAGGCUGGCUGGCUGGACAAGAACCCUCCGCAGGGAUCUUAUAUCUACCAGAAGCGGUGGGUGAGGCUGGAUGCCGAUUACCUGCGGUACUUUGAUAACAACAAGGAUGCCUACUCUAAGCGUUUUGUCUCUGUGGCCUGCAUCUCCCGGGUGACUGCCAUCGGGGACCAGAAGUUUGAAGUGAUCACAAACAACCGGACCUUUGCCUUCCGGGCAGAGAGUGAUGCGGAGCGGAAGGAGUGGAUGCAGGCCCUGCAGCAGGCAGUGGCUGAGCAGCGUGCCCGAGCCCGGCUGUCGAGUGUUUCUUUAUCGGGUAUUCGAGCCCCAGAGCCCCCUGACCAUGCUGGCAGCCUAGAGCUACGUGGCUUCAAGAACAAACUAUAUGUGGUCGUGGCCGGGGAUAAAGUGCAGCUGUACAAGAAUCUGGAGGAGUACCACCUGGGCAUUGGCAUCACCUUCAUCGACAUGAGUGUGGGCAAUGUGAAAGAAGCAGACCGGCGCAGCUUUGACCUCACCACCCCUUACCGCAUCUUCAGCUUCUCAGCUGAAUCAGAGCUAGAGAAGGAGCAGUGGUUGGAGGCCAUGCAGGACGCCAUUGCUGAGGCUCUGUCUACCUCAGAGGUGGCCGAGCGCAUCUGGACUGUGGCCCCCAACAGAUUCUGUGCCGACUGUGGUGCCACCCAGCCUGACUGGGCCUCCAUCAACCUCUGCGUUGUCAUCUGCAAGCGCUGCGCAGGAGAGCACCGUGGUCUAGGUGCUGGCAUCUCCAAAGUGAGGAGCCUGAAGAUGGACAGGAAAGUGUGGACGGAAACACUCAUUGAGCUCUUCUUACAGCUGGGCAAUAGUGCCAGCAACCACUUCUGGGCAGCCAACGUGCCCCCUAGUGAGGCGUUACAACCCAGCAGCAGCCCUGGGGCCCGGCGGCACCACCUGGAAGCCAAGUACCGGGAGGGCAAGUACCGCCGCUACCACCCGCUCUUUGGCAACCAGGAGGAGCUGGACAAGGCCCUGUGUGCUGCGGUCACCACCACAGACCUGGCCGAGACCCAGGCGCUCCUGGGCUGUGGGGCUGGAGUCAACUGCUUCUCAGGGGACCCUGAGGCCCCUACGCCCCUGGCUCUUGCUGAGAAGGCAGGGCAGACGCUGCAGAUGGAAUUCCUUCGGAACAACAGGACCAUGGAGGUACCUCGAUUGGACUCAGUGAAGCCCCUGGAAAAGCACUACUCGGUUGUCUUGCCAACUGUGAGCCACAGUGGCUUCCUCUACAAGACUGCUUCUGCCGGCAAGCCGCUGCAGGACCGCCGUGCCCGGGAAGAGUUCAGCCGGCGCUGGUGUGUCCUUAGUGAUGGGGUCCUGAGCUACUAUGAGAAUGAGCGGACAUUGACACCCAACGGGGAGAUUCGGGUCAGCGAGAUUGUGUGCCUGGCAGUACUUCCUCCUGACACCCACGGCUUUGAGUACACCUUUGAGGUGUACACGGAGGGAGAGCGGCUGUACCUGUUUGGGCUGGAGAGUGCGGAGCUGGCUCGUGAAUGGGUCAAGUGCAUUGCUAAGGCGUUUGUGUUGCCCCUGGCUGAGGAUCUGCUAACUCGGGAUUUUGAACGGCUUGGGCGUCUCCCCUACAAAGCGGGUCUGAGCCUCCAGUGUGCCCAGGAGGGCUGGUUCUCGCUCACUGGCUCCGAGCUCCAUGCUGUCUUCCCAGAGGGAGCCUGUGAAGAGCCGCUGCAACUUCGGAAACUGCAGGAACUUUCCAUCCAAGGGGACGGUGAGAACCAGGUGCUGGUGCUAGUGGAGCGAAGGAGGACGCUGUACAUCCAAGGGGAGCGACGGCUGGACUUCACAGGCUGGCUGGCGGCCAUCCAGAAAGCUGCGGCCAGCUCAGGGGACACGUUGUCGGAGCAGCAGCUGGGAGACUCAGAUAUCCCAGUGAUCGUGUACCGCUGUGUGGACUACAUCACGCAGUGCGGCCUGACCUCCGAGGGCAUCUACCGCAAGUGCGGGCAGACUUCGAAGACUCAGCGGCUGCUGGAGAGCCUGCGGCAGGACGCCCGCUCUGUGCGCCUCAAGGAGGGCGAGCAGCAUGUGGACGACGUCUCCUCGGCACUCAAGCGCUUCCUCCGAGACCUGCCUGAUGGACUCUUCACGCGAGCCCAGCGCCUUGCCUGGCUGGAGGCCUCAGAGAUUGAGGAUGAAGAGCAGAAGGUCUCCAGGUAUCGAGAGCUGCUGGCACGUCUGCCUCCAGUCAACCGGGCCACGGUGAAGGCCCUUAUCAGCCACCUAUACUGUGUCCAGUGCUUCUCAGACACGAACCAGAUGAACACGCACAACCUGGCUAUUGUGUUUGGGCCCACGCUCUUCCAGACAGAUGGGCAGGACUACAAGGCUGGCCGUGUGGUAGAAGACCUCAUCGGCCACUAUGUGGUGGUGUUCAGUGUGGAUGAAGAGGAACUGAGGAAGCAGCGGGAGGAGAUCACUGCCAUUGUGAAGAUGCGUGUGGCUGGCACUGCCAGUGGUACCCAGCAUGCUGGUGACUUCAUCUGCACGGUGUACUUGGAGGAGAAGAAGGCAGAUGCUGAGCAGCAUAUCAAGAUCCCAGCAUCCAUGACAGCUGAGGAGCUCACCCUGGAGAUUCUGGAUCGCAGGAAUGUGGGCAUCAGGGAAAAGGACUAUUGGACCUGCUUCGAGGUCAACGAGAGGGAGGAGGCAGAGCGUCCCCUGCAUUUUGCGGAGAAGGUGCUACCCAUCCUGCACGGGCUGGGCAUAGACAGUUACCUGGUGGUGAAGAAGCACCAGUCCAUGGAGGCCAUGCUGCUGUACCUGGCCAGCCAUGUGGGCGACACCAAGCAUGGCAUGAUGAAGUUCCGUGAAGAUCGAAGCCUCCUGGGCCUGGGCCUGCCCUCAGGUGGCUUCCACGAUCGCUACUUCAUCCUCAACAGCAGCUGCCUGCGGCUCUACAAGGAGAUCCGGAGCCAGAGGUCGUUGAGCGGGGCUCCUGACACCAGCCACCGGCCAGAGAAGGAGUGGCCUGUGAAAAGCCUCAAAGUCUACCUGGGAGUGAAGAAGAAACUCCGACCACCUACCUGCUGGGGCUUCACAGUGGUCCAGGAGACAGAGAAACAUGAGAAGCAGCAGUGGUAUCUCUGUUGCGAGACACAGAUGGAGCUCCGGGAGUGGUUUGCCACCUUCCUCUUUGUGCAGCACAAUGGCCUGGUGUGGCCCUCGGAACGCUCACGUGUGUCCCGGGCAGUGCCUGAGGUCCGUCUGGGUAGUGUAUCGCUCAUCCCUCUGCGUGGCAGUGAGAACGAAAUGCGCCGGAGUGUGGCUGCCUUCACUUCGGACCCCCUUUCUGUCCUCCGCAACGUCUGAGCGCCGGGGGGCUCAGCCCCUGACUCUGGGGUUCUGCAGCUGGGAAGCCUUCCUGUUCAGACACCCUCAUACGCUGUGUGCCUGGUGUGAGCCCGGAGGGGGCACAAGAGGAAGCUGCACCCUCACAUCCCACAUCCCGACUGCAGCAUAGAUUCCCUCAGGGAGGGUGGGGAAUCAGCAGGGUCUGCCUGAGGCAGAACCCCUCCCUUGCUCGGUCUAGCCAUUCAGCCCUGCGGACCUGGCCCACUCCCCUCCGGGGUCACCCUCCCUGCGUUUGAGGGAGAUGGGCAUAAAUCAAGAGCUCUGGGGGACCACCAUCCUUUCAGAGGCCCUAGGCCCCGUGGCUCCUGCUGGAAGGGAGCCUACCCUUUCCCAUACACUCCAGAACUGCAAAAAGUAGAUGCUCUAAAGGAACACUCAGCUGGGGGUGGGGAGCUCUUGGGCAAGUUUCUAUAGGUGGACUUGGGAAUUUCAGCCCCACUCCCCACCCCUCCUCCAGCCUGAGAGGCCCAGGCUGCCCACUGUCCCUUCCCCAUUUUGGGAGCCUUUUGAUAAUAUAAAUAUAUCUGUAUAUUUUAUCCUGUGGUGCUGAGGUCAAUGAUUAGUUGGGGGAUUUGGGUGUCCUGGGGUCGGAGGGGACAGGAAGUCAGGAGGCCCCGAGCUGAGUGCCUACUGCGCUGAGCCUAGGGACCUGGGUCCUCUCUCUCCAGACCCUGAGCUGUUCAGAACUCCCCAGUCCCCUGCACAGCCCUGGUUUGACCCCACCCCAUCCCCACUGUACUGUUGCACAGCCAGGGUUGGGAGUGCUGUCCUGACCUGACCAGGAAGGAGCCCGGCUGGACUGAGCCCCCGGAUCCCUGCUGCAGUCUGAAUCUGAGCCAGGGAUGCGGGGCAGCCUCUCAUCAGACCCUCUGGAGCGGCAGUCUUAGAAGCCUUAUUAAAUUGAAUUAGGAAAGAGAGUCCCCGGCCAUCCUUAGCUCCUGUGCACACCCCUCCCAAGGUGGGCCUUGCUUUGAACUAUAAAGUGGCCCUCACUGGGUGCUGCCCCCCAUCACCAAAAUGGCAAGGCCCUGGCAAGUGGAGGAGGUAACAAGAGCUGUAGUGAGUUGCAUUUGGGACUCCCUGGGAAGGUGCCAGACAACACAUUCCCACCUCUUCCUACCGCCACUUAUGGCCUCUCCAGGGAGCCAGCAGGCAGGCAGGCUGACCUCUCGGCUUCAGCCUUAGUUAAUGGGACCUGGAAUCCCUUUCCUUGUUCCCGUCUCUGGGAGGGGAGGUCAGUACGGGAGCUGGCAACAGUUUCUUGGUGAUUUUUAUAGGCUGGGCUUAAGCCGCUUCAGCCUCCCGCUCAUCCCGCCCUAGGCAACCUGCUCUACACCGGACCAACCGUUCCACCCGCAACCAGGGUGAGACCUUUGUCCACAUCCAUAGGGGCUUUAAUCCCCCCCAGACCUGACGAGCUAUCCCCAAGGCCAAGAGAGAAGGGGAGUGAGACACCCCCCCUUGCUAGACUGCUCAGGGGUGGCUGCAGUGACUAUAUUAGGCCACCGGGGGGAAACCUUGGACAGUGCAAUGCGACUGGGCCAAGACUGCGUUCUGGACGCCCCGUGUGACUGUCCUGGUCCCAGCCUUGCUCUGUUGGAGUGCAGGGGUGUGACCUGGCCCUGCCUUUUCCCCCAAUCCCGAUGAUAUUCUGGGAGGCAGAACAGUGCAGGGGUGUGCUUUAGACUCCUGGGUUGUAGGAACCAGGAGGAGAGAACGGUUCUUCACUAAACAGGCACCCACUGCGGGUCAGUGCCGUGCUCUGUCCUCUGUCUCCUGGAGAGUAAGGAAGUUUGGCCCAGGGAAGGCAGGCAACCUGCCCACGGUCAUGCAGCUCUCUUGAAUCAGGACUGAGGCCCAUUUCCACCCCACUAUUUUGAGAGGUCUCCUUCCUCCUCUCCCCUCCAACUCAGAUUCCAACUGCUCUUUCCUCUUCUAAGUAGUGCCAUGGGUCCCCCAAGGAAGGGAUCUGAGCCGUCAGGAGUUAAUGAC